CAGUUAGAUACGAGCAGACAACGAUGCCGUAGACAAGGGAAUUGCAUGAAGGAGCCAACUAUAUAUAUAAAUACAUAUAUAUAUAUGUGUGUGUGUGUAUAAGGACAACAGUGCAGCGUAUACUAGUUUUGGAUAUGAAGCAAAAGUUUGCUCCUAAAUCUGUCAUCUUUAACAACCUAUCCUACAAGGGCAGCGUUCUAUGUUAACUAUAAGCGGACAUUUUCAACCAUACUGCUAUACACUCUUCCCAGAAAGUAAAUUCGCCCAAUGUCGAAAACGAAUUCGCCCCGAAGGAAAAUCAAUUCACUUGAUGACAGGAACGAAAUAUAUAUUCGUCUUGGCAUAUAUAUUAUAUGUCUUGUUCCCAAGAUUGUUUUGUAGAACAAGUCUUGGCAUCUUUGAAUAUAAAAGAGCACGCCUAGUGUUUCUCUGUGCAUCAUUUCUUUUUCAGAUUUACAAAUUCUUGUUAGAAAAUGGGAAAGGAUCUGUCGUCGACGAGUGUGGCAGAUCUGAACCAACGAAUUAUAUUGUUGAUGAGGAACAGUUUCGUAUUGAACGUUGACUUCUCAUACACAAUAUGUAGCUCAAUUGCCUCUGGAGAGCGAGAAAAGGAUAGAUGCAAUGCAGGUAGAAAAGAAGGCAAAGCCUAACGAUGAUGUCAUUAUGACGGAAAUUUCAGUGAAGCAAUAUUAUACACGCUAUUCUGAUCAGGACAAAGUGAGGUUCUGCAAACUGUUGUUUGAGUGCGGUCGCUUCUGCAAAACAACUUGGGAUUCAUGUUCGUACAGCACAAAAUUGGGCUGCGCAAUGAGAGAAAGAUUCUGACAGCAUUUUUGAGAAACGGAGAAAGACUGGCCGUCCACGGAUUCUCCAUGCCGAACACAGAAACGCUAUUCUCGAGUGCAUUGUUGAGAAUCUUUCCAUCGUUCUAGAGGGAGUAAUGAAAAAGGUAAAGAAAAUAUUUGCCGACUUUAAAGUAUCUAAAACUACCUUGUACGAUUUU